AUGGACUCUGACAUUUUAAACAUCGAAGAGAUUGUGAUGGGACGGGCACUGCCAAAUCCACCCCCACAAGCCCCCCCUGAAAAACCUGUGGAAGCUUUCAGGCGGCCCAUCACAUUGAACGGACCUCUUGUACCCACUGCACAACCUUACCAGCAUGAGAAUUUGCAGUGUUUCCAAUGCUUCAUUACGUUCUGCAAUGCCAAAGCCAAGGAAAGACACAUGAAGAAAAGCCACCGGGAAGAGUACAAGCAACAACUUGCACAGGGCAACACGCUCUUCACAUGCUACGUGUGCGACCGCACGUUUUUAUCAUCUGAAGAACUUACACUGCACCAGCCGACACACAGCAAGGAUGACAAGCCUUUCAAAUGUGCCCCAUGCAAGGAGAGCUUCAGAACAUUCACUGAACUUACGACGCACAGAAGGCAUGUGUGUCCAGAGAAGCUGUUGCCGUGUAAAGAUUGCAACGAAACCUUCAGAAGCGUGGCGAUGCUGCGAACGCAUCGCCUGGCACAUCAUACUCGCCCUGACGCAGAGGCCGCCGAGCAGCCGGAGGAGCCCGCCAAAAGCCAUCGCUGCAAAAAGUGCGGCCAGGGUUUUUCCAGCGAGUCAGAGCUGAGCGAACAUGAGCAGAAGUAUCCCGAAGGCCAGCAGUGCAACGGCAGCGACCCGCCGGCCAAGAAGCGCGGACGUCAAGUCAAGGUCGAGGAGGGAGCAGGGGCGGAGAAACGGGGAAAGCGAAAGAAGAAAGACGAGGCAGAGGUUUCUGAGGAGGGGGAGGGUGCCGAACCGCUGGCCGCCCAAGCUGAAGAGAAAGCGAAAACAGGUGGCGCGAAGCGAGGUCGCCCUCCAAAAGCAGUGGGAGCUGUAAAAUGUGAGACCGAAGAGAAGGAAAUCACCACAGCUGAUGGCGAUGAAGCGGAAAAGGGGACGAAAGUUAAAGGGGAGGCCACGCCGCCUCCGCAACACGCAUGCCCCGAUUGCGACCUCUUCUUCCCCAGCACGCUUCAGCUGCGCACUCACAAGAAAGAGAAGCACACGCCCAGAAAGGCCCACCCGUGUGCCGAGUGCGACGAGAGCUUUGCCAGGCCCGAGCAGCUGGAGGCACACUUGUCGCGCGUGCACGUGGUUGGCCGCUUUGCCUGCCCCACCUGCGGCAAGAGCUUCGGCCGUGAGCGCACUCUAAAGGCUCACCAGACGACCCACCCUGAGGAGCAGCAGGAGAACCCCAAAAGAUAA